AUGAAGAGGGGGACAGAGAUGACACCUUGGACGUUGUUAUUUACCUGGGAUGAUGCUUUCGUGAUCGGAGAUGCCAAAGUAGCCAAGGUAGGCGACGCAAGGGCAGCCAAGGCAGGUGACGCAAGGCCAGUCCAGACAGGCGACGCCGAAGCUGCUCAGACAAUGAGCAGCACCUUGCACAACUUGUGCCGAAAGCCUACAAUGACAAAUGAGUCGCGAAUUGAUAGGCAACACCCUGGUAGUGACAAUGCCAGGCAUAUAGCACUAUUGGGCGGUGUCAGGAGAGGUACGAGGAGCAUUGUUCUGUGCGACUUGGGCCUAGGAAAAGGUGGCGCCAACUCCACGGAUAGCCUGGGCCUAGGCACUGGGCACUGGACGUUAUCAGGCGUUGAUGAAGAGGGGGACAGAGAUGACACCUUGGACGUUGUUAUUACCUGGGAUGAUGCUUUCGUGAUGGGAGAUGCCAAAGUAGCCCAGGUAGGCGACGCAAGGCCAGCCCAGGCAGUGCCAGCUGAGUGGAGGAAUUCUCGAUGGCAAUCAGAGCCGCGAAGUGAUAGGCAACACCCUGGUAGUGACAAUGUUAGGCAUAUAACACUAUUGGGCGGUGUCGGGAGAGGUACGAGGAGCACUGUUCUGUGCGACUUGGGCCUAGGAAAAGGUGGCGCCAACUCCACGGAUAGCCUGGGCAACAAGCAUAGCACCAGAAACAGUCUCAACGAUGCCAUUGGAGUGACAAACGACUUGGGCAAGGCCCUAAGGGAUGUUGACAGUGGCCUGGGCAGUGUUGACACUAUGGGCGAUAUUGAUGGCGAUUUCUAG